ACAUCCACAUCCACAUCCACAUCCUUAUCCCCCAUUCACCCUACCCUGCAGCCAACCCGCAUCUAGUCUAGCAGAGCCGCCCGCCACGUUCUUCUGCCGGCUACCUACCAUACAAUUCGACUCAUUCGACACCGGGCACACUGACAAUAAAACCAUACAACUCGCCGUAUCAUAAUCGUCGUCUUAUUUGUUCUGCACUGUUCUAUAAUUGUACCUUGUCCUUGUUUCUAUGUAUGUCUGCCUACGUGUUUCGACGACUCAUCUAGACUAAAUCCAACCUUCCAUCUUUGCAUCUGGUUGGCUCUUUUAUUUUCAUCCUUCCUAUAAACCUGUGUAUACCAUAAUCUGCCUACCUUGUCUGCCUAUCCGCCCCAAUUUCGACGUUACGAACAAUGGAUGCCAAAGUGCGGUGGCAUCGAACUCCCAUCUCCAUCUAAUCCAGUUGGAUCCUCGUAAAAGACGCCCCGGCACACUGGCGACAUCGUCGACAUUGCGCUCUGUGGCACGAUCUAUCCGAGAUCGCACACCGAGGUUGCGCAUCGCCCGAUCCAACUAACGAAUCAAUCAUUCUAUCCGCCGCCCUCUAUCUACCUUCACUUUCCGUCAGGCUACCCGUAGCCUGACCCAUACCGACCUCAAAAUGCAUCAAACUCCCCGCAUUCCGCCUCGUACAGCCUCCCCCGCCUUGUCAGCUCAGACAAAUCCCACACGAACUAACAACCAGAGAGAUCCAACAAGCCCUGCCACUCGAUCGCCGCCUAGGCCAAGCUCUGCAGUUCAAGAUGGGGCUGCGAUAGGAGCUGGUGGAGGAAACCGUGGUGAUGGACCUAGUCGAGAUUCCGUCAAGAAGCUGGAUCAGAUCAUUCAGAAUAUCUAUUCAAAAGCCGGUACCGUCAUUCUGCAGACGCGAAUACAAGUAACUCCUGUUCUUGUGGGUAGGACCCAGGAAAGAAAGAUUAGUAGAUGGUUCUCGCUAGAUACCGACGAUAUCGACGAUUUCCGAGACGAAUUUCGCGUAUGGAAACAAUGUGGUGGACUCGAGAAUCGCCCGCCUCCCCUAAUUAUCGAAACCUUCCUCGAUGCUUCUCGAUUGAAAACCGGUCAAAGCCUUGUCAUUCUGGACGAAAAUGGAAAGAGGUGGGAUGUUCUUGAGGCCUUGAACUCUUCCGACCAGUCUAGUGAUAGCAGUUCUGGCCGUCAAGGAAGACCCGUUACGCAAGUUGUAUUGGAACGAUGGCGCGUCGAGUUGAAGGGAACACCGCCCGACGAACUGGUCGACUUUGGCACACUCCUCCCUACGGUAUACAAGAAGGCCAUAGUUCUGAUGCGAUCCAUAUACACAACGACGGGCAUAUUACCUGCCUGGAAACUUGCUAGAAAUUCCAAGACGAAGGGCAGUCAUCCCGCAUUAACGGUUCGUUGUCGGGUCUUUUCAGGAGAGUCCCCAACUUACGGCUCGGAUACCCUAAGGAUACCAUUAUUCGACGGCAAGGAGAAUCCUGCCUCGGAUUAUGUAUUUGGAAACCUCGAAGUCCCCGUUGGGCGAUUCCAGAUUUCGGUGUCUUACCGCAACCACUGCAAUUUCCAAGUUGUUGAGACUGAAUCUCUAUUGAGCUCUCGCAUCGGUAUGGCCAUCUCUGAUGAUAUGUUCAAGCCGUCAUUACCUCAUCGUGGUCAUGGACGCCGCGAUUCUUACGCUCCCGAAGUAGGGUCGCUCCCAUACCACCGACAUACACAUGAUAUCACCGAAAAUCAGCAGCGAUACGGCAGCCUAUCUACAUUCCACGGCGAAGGACCAAUAGGCACAAGCCCUAUAUCUGCCUUAAAGGCAGUGAAAGCUCCUGGCUCCGACACCAGUUCACCGCCUGAUUCUAGACCUGCGAGUGUUGAGGUUCCCCAACAUACCCUCCCUAUUGCUGGCCAUGCCCGACGACCAUCCCUUAGAGGAAUAGAUACAGGUCGUCGUCCUUCCGUAUCUUUCCAAUCGUCUCCCUUUAAGCAAGGCUCUCUUUCCCAAUCGCCAGUGACCCGAGUUCAAGAUCAUGAUAUCCCAUCAUCGCCUCAAUCUCUCAAUCGAACGUCGAAUCUAAAUACACAUGUCCGAAACCGCUCUUCAUUAACGGCUGGAAUGCCGGCUUCUUUGCGAGGAGCACCGCCUCCCGCUGCGGACAAUUCUAUCGCUAGUUCACCGAGGCCAUCCGCUUCUAAUCGAUUUAGUAGUAGCUUCACACACCGUCGCAGCCGGCCGUCUCUCAGCAGUGCUAGCAGAGGUGACGAUGACCAGAACAGCAGUGGCAAGCAAAGCUUAUCGUCGUCAGUCGCCCAGCCAGGCUCUGGCUUGUUGAAUGAGAUUGGCGCGGGCGGUAGCUCGGGAUCUUUCCAAACCGAUGAUGAUAACAUUCAGGAUUUCUUAAAGAUGAUUGAGAGUAAGAAGACGCUACAAAGUUUCGAGGCGUCUAGGAAGGCCGAAUCGGCGACGAGGAAAACAGCAGCUCAACUCUCCAAAUUCCAACUCAUGCGCGAAUCAAAUAAUGCUCUCACUGAAUCCAUGAAUUCAUCUAUGCAUCUACACCGCUCAUCCAGCUCCUCAAGCCGACAGUUGGCUAACGUGCCAGGCAUGUCAACGUCGACAUCUCCUGGGAAACCGUUGUCGCCUCACACACCUCACACGCCGGCAAUCCCAUCUCGCUUAAGUGAAAACUCAAGCGUCGAUUACGCACCGACUGCGAGGAUUGCGUCGCGAUCGCGAAACGUUGAAGGUCUAGCCGAAGAACCAUCGGUCAGCACUCAAGCCACUCAUGAGGGUACCACUGCAAUUGACAUUCCCACAUCACCUCGACCCUAUCCUCACGCAAGACGAUCUAGUUCUGUGGCUCAUCAAAAUCGCGCACUAGUUCAUGAUGACGACGUCGACGCUCAUCGUAGUGUUAGCCUUGGAGUGGAGGAGCGCGAGCCUCCUAGUCUUAGUGUUCUACUAGGAAUGGGCGCUGCUGAAGCAGAUGGUGCUGUGGACGCCCCUGGUCUACAGUCUCCCGCGGAUAUCAGAGCGACUAGUCCUGCGGAUCUACUCGGUCAGGAAUCAGAAUCUGUUGAACGCGAAGUUCGACCUCCAGGCGGACUUUACAGCACAUUCUCCAGUUCGCCUUACAGCAGACGUUAUGGCAAUAGCAUUGGACGAGGGAUUACGCCGCCCCAAUCUGGAAGCGGCAGUCUGGCCGGGUCGAGUGGUAGAUUUGGUAGAGGCUAUUCCCGUGGAGGCGCAACCGGCUUAGGUGUCACUGGUACCGCGGCGGAUGAAGCCGAUGAUGAGCCGCUCCUUUUCGACAUGUCGGAAAUCACUCGUGAGCAAUCACGUCGCAGCUUGGAAGAAGGUAGAGGUGGUGGAAGCAUAGGGUCUACCGGCGAUAGGGGAGGCUACGAAACUAGUCACAGGAGUCGUCGUUGGUAACGACCUCGCUCUUUUACCCCAGUCGUUAUAACCCAGUAUAGGUUCGCAUUUCCAUGGUUGACAUAGACCAUUACGCAAAUUCAUAUUAAAUCGCAAGCCCAUGGUGUAAGAGAUGGUGAAUAUUCAGGGAGAUCAGCAUGGAGUUUCCAUUCUACAAAACGCACACGAACACGUAUCCACCCAAAGAUCUACUUUUACACUUACAGAAUGCCAUUGUUAUUUUCUUUUUUUUCUUGGAUGAUCAGGA